UCUGUGUAUGCUUCCUUAUAUUUUUUUAGAACAACUUAAUCCUUGGGAAUUUUUCUCACCUGUGCCCUGCAUUCCUGUGGAUCAAGCACAGCGUGGACAGCUGCGUGGUGAUGGCAGAUGGGAGGGGCAUGGGACGAGAGCUCCUGGGAUGCAGCCUCAGUGACAAGUUGUGUGUUAUCCAGAAUCAACAGUAUGAAAUCAUUAUCAUCCCAACCCUGCUGGUUGGCAUCUUCUUCAUCCUUCUUGGGGUCAUCCUGUGGCUUUUCAUCAGAGGACAAAGAGCCCAACAGCAGUCUUCUGGAUUCCCAGGCAUUACCCCCACACCUCCAUCGAUUGGCCUAAGAUGUGAAGCAGCAGGACCUGGAGGAAAUGUGUUUGUGCCACUUAAGGAGAGGUCAGUGGAAAGCCUUCUACAGGCUUCCACACGUACUCUGGCUAAGCUACAGGUGCCCCGGGAGCAACUCUCUGAAGAGCUGGAACAGAUCCAGAACGGUAGUUUUGGGGUUAUCUAUCGAACCAAGAUGAACACCGGUGAUGCUGCUAAGCCCAAGAGUGUUGUCCUCAAGACUUUAAAAGAACCAGCUGGGCUCCCCGAGGUGCAGGAUUUCCUAGGGCAAAUCCACUUCCAUCAGUACCUGGGGAAGCAUAAGAAUGUGGUUCAGCUGGAAGGCUGCUGCACAGAAAGGCUGCCGCUCUACAUGGUGUUGGAGGAUGUGGCCCAGGGGGAUCUGCUCAGCUUUCUCUGGACCUGUCGCAAGGAUGUGAUGACGAUGGAUGGCCUUCUUUAUGAUCUCACAGAAAAACAAAUAUAUCACAUUGGGAAGCAGGUCCUUUUGGCUCUGGAAUUUCUCCAGGAUAAGCACCUGUUCCAUGGAGAUGUGGCAGCCAGGAACAUCCUGAUCCAGUGUGAUCUUACUGCUAAGCUCUGUGGAUUGGGCCUGGCUUAUGAAGUUCAUGCCCAUGGAGCCAUCUCCUCUGCUCGCACCAUACCACUCAAGUGGCUCUCCCCAGAACGGCUUAUGCUGAGACCAGCUGGCAUCAAAGCAGACAUCUGGUCAUUUGGGAUACUGCUGUAUGAGAUGGUGACUCUAGGGGCACCACCAUAUCCGGAAGUUCCUCCUACCAGCAUCUUACAGCAUCUCCAAAGAAGGAAAAUCAUGAAGAGACCCAGUAGUUGCACACACAACAUGUAUGGCCUUAUGAAAUCCUGCUGGCGCUGGAGUGAGGACAGCCGCCCUUCACUGAAGGAGCUAUGCAUGCGCCUAGAAACCGUCGCUCGAACAGCAAAUGACAAGGCUGUGCUGCAAGUCCCAGAGCUGGUGGUGCCAGAAGUAUACGCGGCUGUGGCAGGUGUCAGCAUAGAGAACCUCUCCUACAGCUGCAGUGCCCUCUGAACAUCUGGGCUAGACACAUUUGUGGGGAAUCAUCUACUGCUGGAACCAAUUCCUCCAAGAAUGGAGAAUAGACUUUCUAGUGAGACAUAAAGGGAGAAAUGGGACACAGAUCCUGAUCCUCUACCGCACAUUUCCCUAGAAACCUGCAAUGAUGCCACAUACCAGAUAUCCUCAAGCUGAGGAAGAGUUUCAUUUCUGCUGUCCCAACCCUAAAGGCCUUGGGUGGGAGUUGUGGACAGUGUCACUUCCGAGGAUGUUUUAGAAUUCUGCAGUGUUUGUCAGGGCAUGGCAUAGAUAAGCUGGACCUUCUACACUGUAGGCUAGUUUCCUCCUGAAAUACGCUUUUAUCUAGGCUAUUGCUAGGUUCAGAGGAAUUAGAAUCAAAUGAAGGAAUAGAAAGCCAAGAAAAGGGUUGAAGAGAAAGAAAAUUAAAAGCCCUAAUCUCAGGAGUGCAGAUGUGACUGAGGUCAUCCUUCAGAGAAAAGGGAGAGGAAAGAUGUGAAGUUCUGCAGUCCUGGCCCCUGCAUACAGGGCUGGAGGAGAACAGUGAGGGAAAAGGAUAGGGUUCCCCUAGGAACAGGUAAUCUUUUAUCAAAAUCCGAGACAGGUAAACUAUGCUGGCACUACUUUCAACUAGAAGCUGUGCUGGUCAUUUCAUGAUGGGAAAUACUCAACAUGUACUGUUCGUCAGGCUAGCUCCCCGCUCUGUAAGACUAAGGACUUUGAACCUGGAUGGUUGGUUAGAUUGGUGAUGAAACUGUGUGUAUCUUAUAAAUAGGAAAUGUGGAGUGCAAGCGAGAAGAGACCAAGCCUUUAAAAAGGUCCAGAAAGGAUGGAAUCUAAGCUGAAAUGAUGGUAGCUUCCAAUUUCCAGCUAUCCAUCGAUGUACUGUGAAACUUAUUUCAUUGAGUUAAAGUAGGCAUUUCUGGUAACAGUUGCCAAGAUACAAUACAGAGAGUAAAAAUAAAUAAAUGGAAGUUACCACCAGUAGAAAAACUCAAGAGAUAAUCUGCUUUGUCAGAAAAAGGGAUUUCUUGCAUGUAAAAUAGGGGUAGGCCCCACCUAACAGGCUCGUUGUGAGGACUGAAUGAGAGGGUAUUUGUAUAGGAUCCUGCACACCAUAUGUGCCCAUCCUACCCUAGAAUCUUUCCUAUCUUUUUUAUUUAAUAUCUACUGUGCCAAGAAGAGAACUUCUGCUGUCAGUCACAAUACAGAGCAGGAUAUGCCCGAGAUGAUGGUGCGGUUCAAGUGUCACGUGACUAACACGAUGAAGUCACUAUUUUUGUGUGAGUUUCUGGAUGACAAUAGUAACCCCCUACUAUUUCAAAACAUUAUAGCAUAUCACAAUGAUAAUUCAGUUAAAUGUGGUGACUGAUUUUUAAGAACACUCACUCUGGCUACUCUGUAUAAGGCUGCUGCAGGCAAGUUGACUUGUGGUAGAAAAUUCUGUAGAAGUUAGAAUUCUGAUGGAGUGAUGAUGCAUCAUCCAACAGAAGAAUGAUUCUUGCACCUGUGGAAAUACCAUGAGGCUAGUUAGGAUUUAAAUGGAUGGUAGGUGGCAGUAGCAAAGGAGGCAAAGCAACU